CCGACCCAAAAUCAGAAAACGCAUUCGACAAUAAACGAAAAAAAAAAAAACCCAAAACAACAGGGGAUGGCCUUAGAUCAAAAAGUAAAUUCUUGGGAUACCUCUUCAUGUAAAAAUACGUGAACUAUCCCUCUCUUAUUACCAGGCCUUUCCAUUUCUCAGUUGCAAGUCGAUUUCUCGAGCAUAGCGAUCGUCAAUCUCUGGACGAUCUUUUUCAGACACCAAUCCUUUUUUCCACCAUAGCAAUCGUCAGUAUUAAUAUUCAAUCACUUUUUGGACCAUAGCGACCAUCAUUCUCAAUCAGCAAUCGAUAAUCUCAACCACAGCGAUCGACAAUCUCAAUCGCCAAUCGAUAAUCUCAAAUACAGCGAUCGACAUUUUCAAUCACCAAUCGAUAAACUCAACCAUAGCGAUCGAUUUCUUGAUCACCAGUCGUGAACUCAUACCACUUUUGACUGAUAUGGCCUCCCAUACUAUCCACUGUACGUGGCUGGGGAUUGAGGACGGGAUUGAGAGAGUAGUUCAUUCAUGAUCACAGCCGCAACACACGAUCUAUCAGGGAUAAUAUGCUGCUCUGAUUGAGACGGCUUAUAUCUUUAGCAAUGUCGUCAAAACCCAAAGUAGUGAUAAUUGGGGCGGGAAUAGCUGGCCUGUGUGCCGCCAGCAAGUUGCACAAGUCUGGGCAAGUUGAGGUGUGUGUCCUGGAGGCCAGUGAGCGUGUGGGUGGCCGAAUACACACUGGCAAGAUUGGAGAGAAUACAGUUGAGUUUGGGGCAGAAUGGAUUCAUGGUACCGUGGACAAUCCCAUAUUUGACCUGGCUUGCAAUCUGCAAUUCCUUCACAAAUCAGAUCUUGAUAAGAAGUGGGUGAAUGAAGACAGCCGAGAAAAACCACAGUCAGUUGCCACCACUCACUUGCAGCAACCUAUUGAUGAUCAACUGAUAGCGGAGGUUUGGGAUGUAUUUGAUAACUUAAUCUCUGAAACUGAAGAUAUCCACAAAAUGAUAAAUUUCACCAAAGAUACCAAAAUGUCUGUUGGGGAUUACUUACACCAAGGUUUCCAAUGUUACCUUGAUUCAUGUACCUCAGACACUGCUACAACAAAAAAACUAAAGACUAACUUGUUUUCAUUUUUCAAAGAAAGGGAAUGUUCUAACAGUGGUUGUAAUUCGCUGUAUGAUUUAAAUCUUGUAUGCUUUGGAGAGUACGUUUAUUUAGGGGGUUCAAAUUCCUGCCCUGUUCCCAGCGGUUUCGACAGAAUUGCAAGAGCACUAGCAGCAGGACUGCUCAGUGGUUGUGUCCAUUUUCAGCAUGAAGUGGCAGAAAUAAACUGGGUUGCUUCCAGUGAACCGGGUGAACCUCAAAGCAGUUAUCACCCAGUGAAAAUACUUUGUGGAAAUGGUAGAACAUUUGACGCAGAUCACGUGAUAGUAACAGUUUCUCUUGGCGUUCUCAAAGAAAAACACUCCACAUUGUUCCGUCCUUCUUUGCCCACUGACAAAAUAGCUGCGAUUCAAGAUCUUGGAUUUGGUUAUGUUGGCAAGAUUUUUCUUGAGUUUGAACGACGUUUUUGGCCUUCGGAUGAGUAUAGCCUUCCACUGAUUUGGGAAGACAAGGAAAGUUUGAAAAAUAAAGCAGAAACUGCAAAUUGCCCUUGGGUCCACCGGCUGUACUCAUUGUACACAACUCGCCCCGGGGCUAAUGUUUUACAGUCUUGGUUCCAAGGCAAAGAAUCACUUCACAUUGAAAGCACUUCGCCUCAAGAAGUUGGAAAACAAUGCCUGGAAGCAAUAAAAAAGUGCACCACUCUCGAAUCAUUGCCACCCAUUGUGAAUGUUGAGAGGACACAGUGGGGAACUAAUCCUUGGACGAGAGGUUCAUAUUCUUUUGUGUCCAAAGCAGGCUCAGGGAGUGACUUUGACACCCUUGCCUCACCCCUUCCCUGCGAGUCAGCUGGUAGCAAGGAGGCCCCGGCCCUUCAGCUGAUGUUCGCGGGUGAAGCGACACAUCGCUAUUUUUAUGGUACGGUUCAUGGAGCUUAUUUGACAGGUGUUAGAGAGGCUGAGAGACUGUUAAAACAUUUAAGUGAUUCAAUUUCAACUCCAUUUCGGGAUUCAAAGUUUUAAACCAGUUAAAACAUUUUUCAACCAGUCAGACAAAGCGGGAAAUAAAUAUCUUUUCGAACAAGCAAGUUCAAUAAAGUAUUUAUUAUAAUGGCUCUUUUCA